GAAUUCCGCUUGUUCCUCCUCAACUUGCCAUCCUUCUUAUCUUCUCCAAUUCAUGUGCGCGCCUCAACUACCUUGUUCUUCAGCUUGAUUCAAUCAAUCGCACGAGAGAGAAGGUUUCCUCACUUUAACCUGACCUCUAUCACACCUCACUGCCAUCGAAUUCUCCAGCCAUGUCCGGCUCCAAUCUACAUAACGCUCUUCUCCGCCCUCCGAUCAUCCAGAUCCUGCGCGCUGCAGGCUUCCACUCGACGCGUCCUUCAGUCCUAGACACUCUUGCCGACCUCACUGCCCGAUACAUCAUGCUCCUUGCCUCAUCCACAAGCGCCCAUGCAGCCAACGCCCACCCCGAAGACCCCAUCCCCGUGCUCGAAGAUAUUUACCAGGCCUUACAAGACGCAGGCGCGCUGCGGCCGCAGCUGCGGGAAUGGGAGGAGGAAUGGCAAGCGGAAGAGGACAUGCGAGGACUAGAAGGGUUUCUGUCGUGGUUCACCGGCCCCGCCAACCGCGAGAUCCGGCGCAUCGCUGGGUUCGUGCCCAGUGAAGGGGACAUGGUGGACGCGGACUCCCUGGAGAAGGAGGACUUCCUGACGGCCCUGAAGAAGAAACACAGCAAGACGGGAGAAGAGUCGCGAUAUGCGGGGACCGUGCUGGGGAAGAGCGGCGAGGAACACCCGAUCGUGAUCGAGGGCGGUGCGCCGACCCUGCAGGAUUGGGGGUCCCAGAUGCGAUCCCGGGCACCCUAUAUGGCCGACAGCGACUCCUCGGUCGUGAGCAGUGCACCGAGCAAUUUGUCUGAUGGAGAGGGAAUGGACGUGUGAUGGGAUAGAUGGAAGUGUGCCGCAUCCUA